UCACGUCACACAGGGCUGGUCUUCGCGUUUAUUAGCGCAGGGAUUCAGCUCCAGGCUGCUCCACACUGCAGCUCUGUGCGCCAGCAGCGGAGGGCUGUCCGCCUAACUUCGCCAAACUCUCUGGAAACUCCGUGAGGGGAACAGAAACGCGCUGACAAAGUGUCGCAACUCGCCUCACUCCUGACUGAGUCAAACUUCUACAACUUUCUAGUCUUUUAUUUUUGAUUUAGUUUCAACAAUCAGAGCCCGCACAUCUACUUUGACAACUUUUGAAUGAGCCUGGCACGUUUGCGUAGAGAGCCUUUUCCCUCCGUGGUUUUAAUUUAACUUCAGGUUGAGUUAAAGCUCCUCUCUGUCAUCUGGGACCGUGAUGGCUGUUUUAUCACUAGCCUUUCUGCUUGCAGGAUUUGUUUUGACUUCAGCCAAAAAGGCUGGUGAAAUAGACAGAGAAGACCAGCUGCGGAGCCGACUGAAGGAGUACGGUCUGGUCACGCCCUUCAGCACCGACUCCCACGGACACUACCUGUCCAACCUGCUGUCGGCCACCCAUAAGCAGCGCGUCAGGCGGGAGGCUUUCUCCUCCGAGUCCGAGCAGAGGCUCUUCUUCAACAUCACGGCCUUCGGGAAGGAGUUUCAUCUGCGGCUGCGGCCAAACGAGCGGCUGGUGGCGCCCGGAGCGAUGGUGGAGUGGCACGACGAGGUUCAAGCAUUUGGAAACUCCAGCGACGCUGGAAACUCGUCUGCAGGCGCCAACCAGACCGACGUGACAGAGAGGAUCCUCCAGCGGGAGCUGCUCAAGACGGACUGCACCUUCACUGGUGACAUCACCGACGUCCCUGGAGCCACGGUUGCCAUCAACAACUGUGAUGGACUGGCCGGGAUGAUCCGCACCGACUCAGACGAGUACUUCAUCGAGCCGCUGGAGAAGGGCACCCAGGAGAUGGAAGACGAGGGCAGGGUCCAUGUGGUGUACCGCCGGUCGGCCCUGCUGCACGCCUCCUCUGACCACGCCGUAGACUUCCAGCUACAAGAACCAGAUCUUAACGUCCCCGGGACGCUGGAUUCCUUCACGCAGCAGGUCAAUGAGACGGUCCAGCGCCGGCGCCGCCACCGCAGAGACGCCGGACAAAACGACUACAACAUAGAAAUCCUGCUGGGGGUUGAUGACUCGGUGGUCCGCUUCCAUGGCAAGGAGCAUGUGCAGAACUAUCUUCUGACUUUGAUGAACAUUGUGAACGAGAUUUACCACGAUGAGUCGUUGGGAGUUCAUAUCAACGUGGUGCUGGUGAGGAUGAUCAUGCUGGGCUACGCCAAGUCCAUCAGCCUCAUUGAGAGAGGAAACCCAUCACGGAGCCUGGAGAAUGUUUGCCGCUGGGCUUUUGUGCAGCAGAAAGGCGACCUUGAUCACGCCGAACACCACGACCAUGCAAUUUUCCUCACCCGCCAAGGCUUCGGCCCCACCGGCAUGCAGGGUUACGCUCCAGUUACCGGAAUGUGCCACCCGGUGCGGAGCUGCACCCUGAACCAUGAAGACGGCUUCUCUUCCGCCUUCGUCGUGGCUCAUGAGACGGGGCAUGUGCUGGGCAUGGAACAUGAUGGCCAAGGAAACCGCUGCGGGGAUGAGACGGCGAUGGGAAGCGUGAUGGCCCCUCUGGUGCAGGCGGCCUUCCAUCGAUACCACUGGUCCAUGUGCAGCGGGCAGGAGCUGAAGAGAUAUAUCCACACCUAUGAUUGUUUGCUGGAUGAUCCCUUCAAACACGACUGGCCUCAGCUUCCUGAGCUCCCGGGCAUCAACUACUCCAUGGAUGAGCAGUGCAGAUUUGACUUCGGAGUGGGCUACAAGAUCUGCACCUCGUUUCGGACCUUUGACCCGUGUAAACAGCUGUGGUGCAGUCAUCCAGACAACCCGUACUUCUGCAAAACCAAAAAGGGGCCACCUCUAGAUGGAACCGAGUGCGCUACAGGAAAAUGGUGCUAUAAAGGUCACUGCAUGUGGAAAAACCCAAAUCAGCUGAAGCAGGACGGCGCCUGGGGUUCCUGGAGCAAACUCGGCUCCUGCUCGCGGUCCUGCGGAACGGGAGUUCGCUUCCGGACGCGGCAAUGCAACAACCCCGCACCGUCAAACGGCGGCCAGGACUGUCCCGGAGUCAACUACGAGUACCAGCUGUGCAACACAAACGAGUGCCCCAAGCACUUUGAAGAUUUCCGAGCUCAACAGUGCCAGCUUCGCAACUCCAACUUUGAAUUUCAAAAUGCCAAGCACCACUGGCUGCCUUAUGAGCAUCCCGACGCUAACAGGAGAUGCCACCUGUACUGCCAGUCCAAGGAGACCGAAGACGUGGCGUACAUGAAGCAGCUGGUGCAUGAUGGGACGCGCUGCUCGUACAAGGACGCCUACAGUAUCUGUGUGCGCGGAGAAUGUGUGAAGGUCGGCUGUGACAGAGAGAUCGGCUCCAAAAAGGUGGAGGACAAAUGUGGAGUUUGCGGCGGAGACAACUCCCACUGCAGAACCGUGAAAGGAACCUUCACCAGGACUCCCAAGAAACCAGGGAAGACCAGAGGAGCCUUCUCUCUGCCUAAAGGAGCUCGAAAUGUGUUUUUAAAUGAAACCGAAGAGUCUAGAAAUGUGCUGGGUUACCUUAAGAUGUUUCAUAUUCCCCCUGGAGCUAGACACGUGAUGAUCCAGGAGCACGAGGCCAGCCCUCAGAUUGUCGCGAUCAAGAACCAGGCAACUGGACACUACAUCCUCAACGGGAAGGGAGACGAGCUAAAGUCCAGAAGCUUCCUCGACCUGGGAGUGGAAUGGCACUACCUCAUCGAGGGAGACGUGGAGACGCUGCACACCGACGGACCGCUGCACGACCCUGUGGUUGUUCUGAUUAUACCCAAGGACAACGAGACACGCUCCACUUUAAUGUACAAGUACAUCAUCCACGAGGACUCGGUGCCCGUCAACAACAACAACGUGAUCCAGGAGGAAGCCUAUGAGUGGGCUCUGAAGAGCUGGUCCACGUGUUCAAAGCCCUGCUCCGGAGGGUUUCAGUACACUAAGUAUGGGUGUAGGAAGAAGGGAGACACCAAGAUGGUUCAACGCGGCUACUGUGAAGCCAACAAGAAGCCCAAACCCAUCCGCAGGAUGUGCAACCUUCAGGACUGCACUCAGCCUCAAUGGAUCUCUGAAGACUGGGAGCAUUGCACCAAAACCUGCGGCUCCCUGGGUUUUCAGAUCCGGACGGUGCGCUGCGUACAGUUCCUUCAUGAUGGCACCAACCGCUCCAUCCACAGCAAAUACUGCAGCGGGGAGAAGCCGGAGAGCCGGAGACCCUGUAACAGAACCCCGUGUCCCGCCCAGUGGAGAACCGGAGCCUGGUCUCAGUGCUCCGUGACGUGCGGCGAGGGCACGGAGAGGCGACAGGUCACCUGCCGGAUCGGAGAUCAGUGUUACGGGGAUAAACCUGAGGUGGCGAGGCCAUGCAGACCCAGACCCUGCUACGAUGAGCCGUGCAGCGGGGACAAAUCCAUCUUCUGCCAAAUGGAGGUGUUGGCGAGGUACUGCUCCAUCCCGGGCUACAACAAGCUGUGCUGUGAGUCGUGCAGUAAGCGCGGUGGAAGUUCCUCUCUCUUCUCAGAGGCUGAGACGGAGGAACACGUCCGCUUCGGCUCGGCCUCGCAGCUGCUGGAGACGUUGAUGGCCAACGCCAACGCCACCGGCGGCGGCGGCAAACCAAGCUCGGGAAAAGCAUCGGCGGCGCAGGGCGGCGCUGCUGGACGCGUGGCAACCCCAGCUCCCCCACGCAAAGCCCAGCCAAAGAUUUCAGCAGCACCAAGGAGGGUUCCACGAGAUUUAAAGCGUAGUGCUGCGUUCCCCAAAGAGCCAGAGGGUCAGCAUGCUGGCGGCUCAGCUGGCGGCCGGCGGCCCACAUCCUAUUCUAAGGUUGAGAGAUGAAAGUGAAGCUUGUUGCCUUUAGGACUCUUCAUGGACGGUAGAUUUUUCUCACACACACCAAAUGCACCAUAGCUGGAGAGACGCGUAGUAGGAAGCUGACAAGAAAAGUGCUGGUUCACUUUGUUUUUAUUGAAAUCAGUGCCCCCCCCCCAUUUUGUCCCUGAAAUGGACUUUAAAUAUCACCCUGACAUUUUACUGGUAUAGCUUCCCUAGACUUUGAACCGAAACAGCUGAAAUAAACAUGAUAAACAUAAUUAUGGUUUAAUCCAAAGUAGCCAAAAGGAGUUCUCUGUGUGUUAGUCUGAGUCCAACAUUAAUAGUUUUUAUUUUACUAAGAAGUUGCUGCUUUAAUGAAAAACCCAGCCUUGAAUUUUCAAAUAAUGUCUUCUUUGUGGUCACCUCAAGCAAUUAAAACCUGCGUUGUGAUUGGUUAGUUUUUCUGCUCCUGUCAUGAAGGAGAUGAGGCCCUGAGAAGACCGAUCUUUAUGUUUUAAGACGAUUGUAAGAGGAUCUCUGGUCAUAAAUAAGUUUGGAUCAGCGAGCUUAAGUCAUUCGUUCUGUCAGGUUCUCCAUCAGACCUUUCAGCAGCCUAACGACGAAAGAUAACCCACAACUAAUAUUAAGCAGUGCCAAAACGUUUUGGAAGUCUUUUCGUUUUUUAUGUCCCCAUCUGCUGUUUGUAGCUUUUAUCUGAAUAAUUAGCGCAUUAACACAGGAACGCAGUUUCAUUUCUUUGCUAGGUUGUUGUUUUUUCUCUGUUUGGUUUUUAUUUUUCUUGUUUCCUUGGUUCUGCUGCAGCAACAAAUCACACAGAUCUGCCAACUUGUUUUCCAGUGCUGGUAGAAAUAAAUUGCCCAGUGUGCGCUUAAAGGUUCCCAGUAACUCCUCAAUCAGACGCUUCAUAGAUGAAGGAGAAAAUAGCUGCAGACGUCUGAGCUGAUGAAAUCUGCGAGGUGCAGAUUUCCUGCUGCAGUUGUAAGGCUAUAACACAGAAAAGUGUUUUUAUUAUAGUAGUCAUGGUGGUGCUGCUUUUAUAAUUCAUUUAGCUUCAGAUGGACAUUUUGCUUGCUGAGGUUCUUUCUAAAACGCCUCAGUGGUUCAAAAAGACGUGAAGUGAUAUUAAACAUUUCCUUGAACUGCCGUUUUUCCUGCCAAGAACAGAAGCUAUUUAGAAACUUGUCUGUGCUUUUGACAUCACUCCGAAUUUAUCAAAAAUAAUUCAAGUUCAAAUCAAAAGUGGCCUGAAAGGUGUAAUUUUAACCCAUUAGGAAAUAGUUUUAAUGUGUAUCGAUUUAUUUGUAUUCAGUUUUUUGAGAAGCGGUGCCUUGCAGUUUCUCUAAGGCCUCCAUAAAUACCGCGCAUUUCAUCAGUAUUACCCGGUGAGAUUAAGAAAACUUUGUAACGUUAAUUCUGGCAGAAGUAGGGACCAUCAACAUUAGUAGAAUCAGGAAUUUAAUUAUGUUCAAAUAAUCACAAAUGUACAUACAUUCUGGUUCUUAUAAUAUUUUUUGUUCUGUUUUCUCAUGAUGGCGGUACCCUGUGUUAUUUACUGUAACCAAAAAUAAGCAGAGAAGGUUAUGGCUGAACUUUCUGUACAGCGUCCGGCUCUGUCCAAAAGUUAAAUCUUAACAUCGGAUUCCGCUUUAUAUGCCAGGUUUGUGCAAACAAGGAAUCUGUCUAUGGUUUCGCUUUCAAAAGCUUAUAUGCAAUAUAUUGCUAUUAUUUAUGCAUACAAAAAAAAGCUUUUCUGUACGAAGAUUUGCUUCCAAUCUACAGAGUCUGUCAAAAGCAGUGGGAGUUAUGUUUAUUAUACACAGAUAGAUAGAUAGAUAGAUAGAUAGAUA